GUGGGAAAGGUUUUUAUUCCUGGACUACCAGCUCCCUCCCUAACAAUGUCCAAUACCAUGCCGCGGCCCAGCACGCCCCUGGACAGUGCCAGUACUCCUAAGCCUCUGGGUAAACUGUUGGGAUCCUUGGAUGAGGCUGUUCUAUUGUCCCCAGUUCCGGAACUGAGGGAUUCUUCCAAACUUCAUGAUUCUCUUUAUAAUGAGGAUUGUACCUUCCAGCAGCUUGGAACUUAUAUUCAUUCUGUUAGAGAUCCUGUCCAUAAUAGAGUAACUCUAGAACUGAGUAAUGGCUCCAUGGUUAGGAUCACUAUUCCGGAAAUUGCCACUUCUGAAUUAGUACAAACAUGUGUGCAUGCAAUUAAGUUCGUCCUGCCCAAAGAAAUAGCAGUUCAGAUGCUUGUCAAGUGGUACAAUGUCCACAGUGCACCAGGAGGACCCAGUUAUCACUCCGAGUGGAAUUUAUUUGUGAUUUGUCUCAUGAACAUGAUGGGUUAUAACACAGACCGCUUAGCGUGGACCCGAAAUUUUGACUUUGAAGGGUCACUUUCUCCAGUCAUUGCACCCAAAAAAGCAAGGCCUUCUGAGACUGGAUCUGAUGAUGACUGGGAAUAUUUAGUAAAUUCAGACUACCACCAGAAUGUUGAGUCUCAUCUUUUGAACAGAUCUUUAUGUUUGAGUUCUUUGGAAGGUUCAAAAGUGAAGGAUGAAGAUUUCUCACAGAACCUCAGUCUGGAUUCUUCUACUCUUCUCUUUCCUCAUAUACCUGCAAUUUUUUUUGUUCUUCACCUAGUCUAUGAGGAGCUUAAAUUGAAUACCCUAAUGGGUGAAGGAAUUUGUUCCCUAGUUGAACUUCUCGUUCAGUUGGCAAGGGACUUACAGUUGGGGCCUUAUGUCGAUCAUUACUACAGAGACUAUCCCACGCUUGUCAACACUACUGGACAGGUGUGCACAAUUGAUCAAGGUCAAACAGGAUUUAUGCAUCAUCCAUCAUUUUUCACUUCUGAACCACCAAGCAUCUACCAGUGGGUGAGCUCUUGUCUGAAGGGCGAGGGAAUGCCCCCCUACCCGUACCUUCCUGGAAUCUGUGAACGAAGCAGACUUGUUGUCUUGAGUGUUGCACUCUACAUCCUUGGUGAUGAGAGCUCUGUUUCUGAGGAGGCCUCCCAGUAUUUAUCCAAAAUAACUUUAGCUCCCCAAAAGUCACAAGUGGACCAAGAAGAAAACAGUUUUAGUUUCCGUCAUGCUACAUCAGUUUCUAGCUUAGCUGAAAAGUUAGUUGUCUGGAUGACAAGUGUAGGAUUCACUGAGAGAGAUUUGGAAACUCUUCCUUUUGGAGUUGCUCUUCCCAUCAGAGACGCAAUUUAUCACUGUCGUGAGCAGCCAGCAUCAGACUGGCCAGAAGCUGUCUGUCUCUUGAUUGGACGCCAGGAUCUUUCCAAGCAGGCUUGUGAAGGAAACCUACCCAGAGGGAAAUCUGUGCUCUCAUCAGAUGUUCCUUCAGGAACAGAAGCUGAGGAGGAGGAUGAUGGCAUGAAUGACAUGAACCACGAGGUCAUGUCUUUGGUGUGGAGUGAGGACUUGCGGGUGCAGGAUGUGCGCAGGCUGCUGCAGAGCGCGCACCCCGUUCGUGUCAACGUGGUGCAGUACCCGGAGCUCAGCGACCACGAGUUCAUUGAAGAGAAGGAAAACAGAUUGCUCCAGUUGUGUCAGCGAACAAUGGCCCUUCCGGUCGGGCGAGGAAUGUUUACCUUGUUUUCAUAUCAUCCUGUUCCAACAGAACCAUUGCCUAUUCCCAAGUUGAACCUGACUGGGAGAGCUCCCCCUCGAAACACAACAGUGGACCUCAACAGUGGGAACAUUGAUGUGCCCCCCAACAUGACAAGCUGGGCCAGCUUCCACAACGGUGUCGCUGCUGGCCUGAAGAUAGCUCCAGCCUCCCAGAUUGACUCCGCAUGGAUUGUUUACAACAAGCCCAAGCAUGCUGAGUUAGCCAAUGAGUAUGCUGGAUUCCUCAUGGCACUGGGUCUGAAUGGGCAUCUUACCAAGCUGGCCACUCUCAACAUCCAUGACUACUUGACAAAGGGCCAUGAAAUGACGAGCAUUGGACUGCUACUUGGUGUUUCUGCAGCAAAACUGGGCACCAUGGAUAUGUCAAUCACUCGGCUUCUUAGCAUUCACAUUCCUGCUCUCUUACCGCCAACAUCCACAGAGCUUGAUGUUCCUCACAAUGUCCAGGUGGCUGCAGUGGUGGGCAUUGGCCUCGUAUAUCAAGGGACAGCUCAUAGACACACUGCUGAGGUCCUCUUGGCUGAAAUAGGACGGCCCCCUGGUCCCGAGAUGGAGUACUGCACUGACCGAGAGUCAUACUCUCUAGCUGCUGGCCUGGCCCUGGGCAUGGUUUGCUUGGGGCAUGGCAGCAAUCUGAUAGGCAUGUCUGAUCUCAAUGUGCCUGAGCAGCUGUAUCAGUACAUGGUUGGAGGUCAUAGGCGCUUUCAAGCAGGAGUGCACAGGGAGAAACAUAAAUCUCCAAGCUACCAGAUUAAAGAAGGAGAUACCAUAAAUGUGGAUGUGACCUGUCCAGGUGCUACUCUAGCUUUGGCUAUGAUCUACUUAAAAACCAAUAACAGAUCCAUCGCAGACUGGCUCCGAGCUCCUGAUACUAUGUAUUUGCUCGACUUUGUGAAACCAGAAUUUCUCUUACUUAGGACCCUUGCUCGAUGCCUGAUUUUGUGGGAUGAUAUUUUACCAAAUUCCAAGUGGGUCGACAGCAAUGUUCCUCAAAUUAUAAGAGAAAAUAGUAUCUCUCUGAGUGAAAUUGAAUUGCCUUGUUCAGAGGAUCUAAAUUUGGAAACUUUGUCGCAGGCACAUGUCUACAUAAUUGCAGGAGCCUGUUUGUCUUUGGGUUUUCGAUUUGCUGGCUCAGAAAACUUAUCAGCAUUUAACUGUUUGCAUAAAUUUGCAAAAGAUUUUAUGACUUAUUUGUCUGCACCUAAUGCUUCCGUAACAGGCCCUUACAACCUAGAGACCUGCCUGAGUGUGGUGCUGCUGUCCCUCUCCAUGGUGAUGGCUGGCUCAGGGAACCUCAAGGUUCUGCAGCUUUGUCGCUUCUUGCACAUGAAGACAGGAGGUGAAAUGAACUAUGGCUUUCACUUAGCCCACCACAUGGCCCUUGGGCUUCUGUUUUUGGGAGGAGGAAGGUACUCUCUGAGCACAUCAAACUCUUCCAUUGCUGCACUCCUCUGUGCCCUCUACCCGCACUUCCCAGCUCACAGCACUGACAACCGGUAUCAUCUCCAGGCUCUGCGGCACCUCUAUGUGCUGGCUGCAGAGCCCAGGCUUCUGGUGCCGGUGGAUGUGGACACGAACACGCCCUGCUACGCCCUCUUAGAGGUCACUUACAAGGGCACUCAGUGGUAUGAACAAACCAAAGAAGAACUGAUGGCUCCGACCCUUCUUCCAGAACUCCACCUAUUAAAGCAGAUUAAAGUUAAAGGCCCAAGAUACUGGGAACUGCUCAUAGAUUUAAGCAAGGGAACACAGCACUUGAAGUCUAUUCUUUCCAAGGAUGGGGUCUUAUAUGUUAAGCUCCGUGCAGGUCAGCUCUCCUACAAAGAAGAUCCGAUGGGGUGGCAAAGUUUGUUGGCCCAGACUGUUGCCAACAGGAAUUCUGAAGCCCGUGCUUUCAAGCCAGAAACAAUUUCAGCAUUCACUUCUGAUGCAGCCCUUCUGUCAUUUGCUGAAUAUUUCUGCAAACCAACUGUGAACAUGGGCCAGAAACAGGAAAUUCUGGAUCUCUUUUCUUCAGUGCUUUAUGAAUGUGUUACUCAGGAGACCCCAGAAAUGUUGCCUGCAUACAUAGCAAUGGAUCAGGCUAUAAGAAGACUUCGAAAAAAAGAGAUGUCUGACACAUCAGAGCUCUGGCAGAUCAAGUUGGUGUUAGACUUUUUCAGCUCCAGAAGCCAUCAGGAGCGGCUGCAGAACCACCCCAAGCGGGGGCUCUUCAUGCACUCUGAAUUCCUCCCCGUGGUGAAGUGCACUAUUGAUAGCACCCUGGACCAGUGGCUGCAAGCUGGGGGCGACGUGUGUGUGCAGGCCUAUCUCAGCGGGCAGCCCGUGGAGGGGCCUGAGCUCAGCAUGCUGGCCUGCUUCCUCGUCUAUCAUUCUGUGCCUGCCCCACGGCACUUGCCGCCUGCAGGACUGGAGGGGAGCACGAGCUUUGCUGAACUUCUCUUCAGAGCCAAGCAGCUGAAGAUUCCGGUGCGUGCUUUGCUGAGGUUGGCUCCUCUGCUCCUUGGAAAUCCACAGCCGAUGGUUAUGUGACUGCGCCUGGGAUAAACCCACCUUGAAAUGGGACUUCUGCACACAACGUGACCAAAUGUCUAAGCUAAAGAAGCAUUUCAAAGUUUUAUAAUACAGCUAGGGGAAAUGACCUGAACACACCUCACUGUAUUUUAAAAUCUGUUUGAAAUAUUCCAGAGAAUCUUGCUAUCAGCGUUAACAUUAUAUGAUAUAAAAAAGUGAGUUAAAAUUUACUUUUGUAAAUAAAGUUUUUGGUUGGUUUUCAAAACUCCUGAUGAUUGCUUUAGUUUUAAAGUCUUUGAACUAUGGUGGUUCGGGUGAAGUGUUGGUGCUCAAAAAUGUAAAGUUUUAACAGAAGCUAUGUGGUAAAGUUUGACUUUCUACUUCCCCUAACAUUGCCUGAAAUAUCACAGGUGUCCCAUCUAAAGUAAGGUUAUUCUUCCCGGAAUGGUGGGAGACAUUCUUUUGGUGUGACACCUCUCACAGGAGCUACGAUAAGACUUGCUGAUGGGAAGUGCUGUGGACUGAAUGGUGGCCCAGGUGACAUGUUGAGUCCUCACCGCAGAGUGAUGGGACUUGGAGAGAAGGCUGUAGAAGGUAACUGAGGCUAAGUGAGGUCAUGAGGGUGGGUCCCUGCUCUGAUAGAACUGUGACCUCAGGAAAAAGGAGAGAGACCUUGCUCUCCAUACCAUCUGAGAACACAGCAAGAAGGAGGCUGCCUGCACGUCAGAGGAGCCCUCGCUAGGACCCCCUCUGCUGGCUCCCUCAUCGCGGACUUGAGCUUCCACAGCUCUGAGUAAUGGAUUCCUGACACCCGAGCCACCCCCAAUGUGUACUCUUCUGUUGUGACAGCCCGAGCAGACCAAUAUAUGAAGCCUUCUCUAAGUAGCUGAAAUAUGAAACGUCCAGGACCCAGGAGUCUUCAGAAAUGAUAUUUAAAAGAAAACAUUCUGCACAGGAUUUAGAGAAUGUCUGCGUGCCACACACGUCUCCUGCUCCCAGCCUUGACCCAGGGGGAGGAGCUCCCUGCUGGACUCUGCCCAGGCCCCAGGCUUCUGGAGUGGCCAGGGCCAUGUGGCAGCUGGAAGCUGCAAGAUGUCACCCAUUGAGUUCACGUUUCUUCCAUAUCAUGAAUUGUGAUGUUUAAGCCUAAAAAUAAAUAUUAAAGCAAAAGAGAAUGUCUCCAUUGAGAUUUUCCCAAAAUCUUGUGUGCCACUUUCCUCCGCAGGGGAAGCUGGACUUGAAGGGCUGCAGCCAGAGGCCAAGCAUCCUCCCCUUGCCCAGUAGCCUGCUCCGGAGUGAAUCAUGGGAAGGAUGGGCUGACUGCUGGGGCAAGACUUGCUGCCCUCCACGCUUAAACAGUUCUUCUUCUAGUUACAUAAAAAAGUUUUGAAUUAUGAAAAUUCCAUCUGAGUCAAGAUUUGAAUAACCCAGGGAGCACUUGUCUAGCACCCUCGAGGCCCUGGGUUGGAUCCACAGCAAUGAAAAAAAACUGAGGCACUGCCCAGGCAACAGUUCCCCCCUUUACUCGCAGUGUUUGGCGGGUGAUGUGCUUUUCUCUCACCGUGGAAGGACUUGGGAAGCGUUUCAUAUUUAGAUACAUAUGGACUCGGGUCAGAGCGAGGCGGCAGAAGGUGUGGCCACGGCAUCGUUGGGCCUGCCAAGGAGAUCGCUGGCGCUUGCCCUUGAGCAGGCACAUGAGGAUCCUCACAGGUCACUUUUAGCUUUCUACGAGACUCGAAAAGUCUCAUGUCCAGAAAGUUAAACCUCCUAAGAGGCAUGUGGGGUGCUGAAGAAGCCCAUCUGGUGGGGAAGGGUUUGGGUGCUGAAGUGGCCCACGUCACCUCAAUUAAAGCUGGAAGCCAGCUGGUCACCUUGGUCGAUGGGCCGCGAGGCAGGAGGAGUAGCAGCCAUGUCUCUGUUGCGUGACUCCUGCUCCUCAGUGACUCCCUGUCCAUCUUACCUGAUGUACGUAGCUAGGAAUACGAGUCACCACUUCCGUAGGCAGCCGGAACUGAAAAAGAAAGCACACAUUGGGACAAGUCCUCCUUCCCAGGUGGGCGCCGAUGCCUGUGCUCCCUUGAGGGGCUGUCUGAGGCAGAGACACCAGGCCUGCUUCCCUCAGCAGGCUGGGCUCUUGAGCCCCUGCCUACUCCCUACCCUGAGCUGCCACCACCACCUGCCUUAGCCCAGGAGACUCAGGCAGUAAGGCCCAGUGUCCCAGUGGAAGGACGGCGCCAGGCGGAGCUUAUGAACGUUUGAAAAGCAGACAAAUGAACGCCCUCUUCAUGUAACUUCUUGGAGUUAGACUCACUGUAUUGGUCUGUGUGUUGCCUUUUCGGUCACAUUAUAAUGGAUAUCUUCCAAGUUUUUUCUUUUAACUGAAAAUAUUUCUUUGUUUUGUGUGGUAUAAAACAAAAUUGGCAUUUUUAAAUAAACACUUUAUACUAAA